CACGUCCGACUCUAUUCCGCGUCGCCUGAACGCAGCAUCCCCCGCGUGGGCGUGUCCGGCGGGCGGGGCCGAGGCCGACAGGUGUCGAGGGUCAAACCUGUGAUUUAGGUGCUCCUUGCUGUGCCUGACGGGCGGACUGUCUUCUGUUUGGUCAGAAAAGACCUUUAUUUGUCUCUGGUGGUCGUUUUAUUUUAUUUUAUUUUAUUUUUUUACCUGUUUCCGUUUACUGGCCGAGCCGGGUUGCUCUGCCGGCCGCCCUGCAGCGGGCUCGGAAUGAAGUCGACGCCGUUUACAGCCCGCAACCCCGCCACGUCCAGCUCCUGUUAGCGCACGGCGGCGGGGGGCUCCGCGUUUCACGCGCACCGCAGGCUGUGUGAGCCGCGAGAGGAAGCACCUGUUGCGCCUGUCCGCCCGCCCGGGACUCCUAAUUGCUUCCGGUCUGACCCGAGUUGCAGAUAUCGAGGAAUGAAAGCUUAAUAACACCCUUUGACAGCCGAGGAAGAAGCUGAGUCAGACCAACUUUUCAUUUUUAUUUUUUAUUUUUUUGUAUUUUUAUUUAUUUAUUUAUUUUUUUGGGACCAAAGAUGGAGUUGGCGCUGCUUUUUCUAGCUGCGGUGUGCGUGCAGAGCGACUUUGUGGAGCCUCCUCAACCCGACACCUCCCUGCGCUUCCUGGCCGAGAGCGAGACCAGGCUUCCCUGUCGCUACCAGGCGGAGGAGGGGGAGAAGGUGGUGCAGGUCACCUGGCACAAGGAGCUCGCGGACGGCAGCAAGGACCAGAUCAUCACGGCCCACUUCAGGGACGGCCACACGGAGUUUGGGCGCUACUCUGGUCGGGUGAGGUUCGAGAGCAGCAGCCCCACGGAGAACUCAGCUCUGCUCAUCCCCAGCACAGAGGAGUCGGACGAGGGCAGCUACACCUGCCACAUCUCCACCUUCCCGAAUGGAAACUUUGAGAGGCACAUCAAACUCACCGUCUGGAUUUUGCCCAUCUCCUCCCUGGAGCCUGUGACCCUGGUGGAGGGCCAGUCGUUCCGUGUGGCCGCCGCCUGCCGAGCUGUGGGUCGCCCGCUUCCCCGUCUCUCCUGGGACACCGACCUGCCAGGCCAGUCCCAGAACCGCACCAGCGAGGGUGGGUCCGUGUCCAGCCACUACUCCCUUCACCCCUUGCGUAGCAUGAACGGGAAAAAGCUGGACUGUCUGGUGUGGCAUCCUGGCCUGGAGGGGCCGCGCAGGAUCUCAAACCGCCUGGUGGUUCACUACCCCCCAGACGCCACCAUCUCCACUGCUUCAGGAGACCCGUACGUGGGUUUGGAGAAAGCUGAGCUGGUGUGCGAGAGCGGAGGAUACCCCAAACCUCAGAACAUCACCUGGACAUGGAGAGGAGGAGCUCUGCCAGACGGGGUGUCUGUGGUUGGAGGAAGACUUGCUUUCGGGCGGGCACUCCGCAUGAAUGACAGUGGGGUCUAUGAGUGUGUGGUCAGGAACAAUGUGGGAGUAGGAAAAACAGAGUACACACUGACAUUAAGAGAGCGAUCCCAACGCAAGGGCGACUCUUCCGAAGAUAACCUGCUGCUGAUCAUCAUCGGCGUGUCGGCCGGAGCUUUGGUCAUGGUCCUGGUCAUCGUCGUCCUGCUAGUCAACCGCUACCAUCGGCACAGAAACAAAAAGCUUGAGAUGGAGCUCAGCGAAAAAACGGAGGAAAUUAACAGCUUCUCCAGACAAGCCUCCUUCAGGAGACUGAACUCUGUUAGCACAGACCCCAGAGUGCAGGCUGAAGAUUACGCCCUGCUCAGAGUAGACAGCAGAAUGAAAAACAGCCAAAUGUCUCUGGAGGGACCCGUUUACAAAGACAGCCAGUCCAGUCUGGGCGGGAAGUGGGGUCCUCCGGGAGGGGUGGAGUUGGACGAACUGGGACGUCCGGUCGUCUGGGAUGAUGGCAGGGAGAGCCUGAGAGGAGCAGAGAUGGACGGAGAGAAGGAGGAGCGCAGGAGGAGGGUGGAGUCGUACCUGAAGAGCAGCAACAUGUCGCUGGACUCAGGUCUUCCUUCGUCCCUGGUUCCCCUGAAGGCCCAGCAGGACGACGGCGUCGCGCCCAGAGAGCCAGACCUCGGCCACCUCAGGGAGGGAGUCUCUCCAAAUAAAGGGGACUGGGCUCCCACCCGGUCGGUAGAGGAGGGACACGAGGAUGAGGACGGAAGCAGUUCCUACCAGAUCUCAGAGGCGCUCACCAAUCACUUCUACUACAGUAAUGGGGUCCUCAGACCCAGGCCGCACUCCAACGCCAUUCUGCUGCACCCCAGAACACAGAUAAUCUAGGCCGCAGACUCUCAUCCACUACAUGUGAGGAGAGAAAGUCUGUCUGCAUUCCUGCAUUGACAAUGAUCUUAUUCUUUGUAACUGGGUGUUUGUUUUGUACACAUUGACUGCAAUGGGUAAUUUGCCUCAGGCACUACCCAAAUGCUGAUCAUUUCUUGCCUCUGGGUGGUGAGAUUCUGAUCCUUUAUUUCCUUUACUGUUUUUUCUGCCAUUUUAUGCCUCUGUUAGAUAUCAGUGGAGACAUGACAGGAAAUGAGGGGAGAGAGAGCGAAAGAAAUGGUGAAUGACACACAGUAAAGGUCCCCAGCCAGCCAGCCUCAUUAUUUUUGAAGAAAUGGAGAAUCAAGUGGCCAGCGACUUUUACCUUUCACUCACCACAAUGGCAUGUAAAUGAAAACUCUCCCCCUCCUUGGAAAAAUGCAAGGAGUCAAGGUUCCCAUUACACAGUGUAUCUGUACAUCCACGGCUUCUGCGGAAUUACAGUUGAAUUAAGUGUUUCAUAUCAACAAAUGCAGAGUGAACUUAGGGUGCCUUGUUUACAUCAAAAACAUUCAGGGAGGACAAUAUGGACAAAGACACAAUUUCAAAGCUAUAAGUCCUGGCCAAGUUAAAGUGAACUGUACUAAGAACCUUCAUAUUUUCAGGUUGGAUGCACCUGUAGAUGAGAAGCUAACCUGUGUGUGUAUUUUUUAUAUAUAACGUAUAUACACGAGAUACAGAGCUACUGUAUGCUCGUGAUGAUGUUAGUUACGUGCAACUACAAAAAGAUCAAAAGCUGUUACCCUGUGGACCUGAACAUAGACAUGAAAAAAAAUAAAUAACUGGUAGAUGUUCAUGGAUAAAGCAUCUGAAAAUAACUUCCAUGGCCAGUUUUAAACCAUAUCUACAUUAUACGUUAAACUGUCCGUGCAAUGAAGAAACUGGAUGAAACAUGCAGGAGAACUUUAAAACACCCUUCUGUGUUACCGGACAGUCAGUUGUCUGCUUACGUUGUCUUGACCCAGAAACAAAUUGUUUUAUAUCAUCCAGUGUUUUUUAUGAAAUUGCAAAAAAAAAAACAAAAAAAAAAAAAACACCCUG